UCUGAACUCCAGUCCCUUUUGUUGCAAUAUAAGGUUCUGUGUGACACAAUAAUUCAAACAAAUAAUCUUCUUGCUUAUUCCCUUUGCAAAGCCAUAUCGUGAAGCUAUGGUUUCCGAACAACCAUUCGGUUGGAAUUACAUGUUGCUGAAGCCAGAAGAGGCGAGUCUUGUGGAUCUAGGGCGCCUUUUGUUUACGUCUAACUUAAACAGCAUAAGAUUCAUUGAGUGCCCAGAAGGACUCGAGGUAAAAGAAUUUUGGCAAAGAGAGCUCUUCUUCAUCUCUGUUGUUCUGCAGAAGGUUCUCCUUACCUCAGGAAACUCAAUGAAAAGGGUAGGGGACAUGUUGGAGUUGUGGCUCAAUCGUCUAUCAUGUAAUGGAGGGUUAAUUGGGCUCUUUCUGAACAUUCUAAGAGAAAAUAUGAUAACACCGGAAAGAUCAUCGGCGGCGUACUUGUCGUUGGUGGGCAACCUUGAUAUACGAGUUGAUUUGGACAGGAGCAUUAAACCGGAGGAUGCCAGGUACAAAGGGAUGCUGUCUAUGAUGUGUUCCAAAUUAUCGUACGAGAAUGAACAAUUCAUUAGUAACGCAGUCAGAAGUCAUUGGGAUAUGGAUUUCUUAGGGCGAUACGACACCUUCUGGAACGAUUACCAACAUAUCUGGUCCACACGGGCUAUUAUAGUGCGAGAUACCAAGUCUGAACCCAACUUGAUUGUGGUUGCAUUUAUGGGUACACAGCCGUUUGAUGCGGAUUCAUGUAAAAUAGAUGUGGAUAUCUCAUGGUAUGAGGUGCCCAACAUGGGUAAGAUACAUGGCGGGUUCAUGAAAGCAUUAGGUAUGCAGAAGAAUAGUGGAUGGCCGACAACGAUCGAGCAAAGCACCCAGCAUCAUUAUGCUUAUUAUACAAUCAGAGAGAAGUUGAAAGAAAUAUUGUUGGAGGCAAAAGAGGAUACAAAAUUCAUAUUGGCAGGGCACAGCUUCGGAGGAUCCUUGGCCAUUCUGGUUGUUGCAUUGCUAGCAUUUCACAAGGAGGAAUGGCUAUUGGAUAGGUUAGAAGGGGUUUAUACAUUUGGGCAGUCAAAAGUAGGGGACCAUCAAUUUGGGGAGUUCAUGAAAGCCAUGUUGAGAAAGUAUGACGUAAGAUAUAUGAGGUAUGUUUACAGCAAUGACAUGGUGCCUAGGAUUCCUUAUGAUGGCAAAGGCAUCUUCUUUAAGCACUUUGGUCCUUGUCUCUACUUCAACAGCUUGUACCGUGGGCAGGUUCUAGGCGAGGCACCAGACAAGAAUUAUUUCUCUUUGUUAUGCGUCACACCCAAGAUCUUAAAUGCAUUUUGGGAGUUUAUUAGAGGUUUCCUUCUCCCACUGGUUAAAGGCAAAGAAUAUAAAUCAAGUUGGUUCAUGGUGAUGUUCAGGCUCUGUGGAUUGAUAUUUCCAGGAGUACCAGCUCAUCUUGUUACUGAUUACAUCAAUGUUACCCGAUUGGGAUCCUUACACGAACUUCGGGAACUUGAAAGUCCACAACAAUCCAAAGUUGACUGAUACCAACGCUUGCGUGUGACCAGCAACUUAUUCUACACAUUUCGUUUCCUUGUUUUCCUUUUUCAUU